GUUUAGUAGUGAACUUGGCGGCCGUGUGCACUGGUGUCUACGUCUGGCGGACCGCCCUCUUCCUCGAUUUUGCUCCUGCAUUUGGUUAAUGUUCUUUUAGUCAUGCUGUUGCUGUUACCAGGCACAGGAGACGUGACGUGAUAAUAUCCAGUGAUAGUGGUGGUGUUGUGUAUACUGAGAAUUGUGUGAAAACCCAGAAAACUUGUGUGGAUAUAUCGUGAAACACUCGAUUGUUCUCGUGAAGGCGCCCAGUGUUAGUGAUACUCAAAUAGAAAUACUAAAAUUGCGUUUGUGAUAUAUUUCUUGAAAGUACCAGAAGGAAUAAGAUGUGAAGUGUUGUUGUGGUGUAUAGACGAAUGUGUUAGAUUAGGAGACAAUACAGUGUUCUGACAAGAGCAGACACACCAACUACCAGAGACGGCUGUCGUGUACUGCAGGUGUGGGAUGACGCGCGGAGUAUGAGCGUAGUGAGCGUGGUGGCGGGGGCAGCGCCCCCCGGUGGCCCUGGAGGACGAGGGGCGCCUUGGGUACGAUGGCGCGGGCCGCUGCUCCUCCCACUGCUACUGCUGCUGCUCCUGCUGGCCGCAGAGACUUCCGGCGGCGAGGAGGGCGAGGGCAGGGACUCGCUUUUUAUUGUAGACAGAUACGAGGACGAUCCGUCACAGACGUUCACACACCUGACGGUGGACAAGAACACAGGUUCAGUGUAUGCGGGGGGCAUCAACCGCCUCUAUCAGCUCGACCCUGACCUCCGCGUCCUCCAGUCCGUCGUCACUGGCCCCGUCAACGACUCCAUAGAGUGUUCGGCCAGCGACUGUAAGGACGAGACCAUCCGCACCAUAAAGGCCACACAGAACGUCAACAAGGUGCUGGUGAUCGACUACACACGGUCGCGACUUAUCGUCUGCGGCACUGUGCGGCAGGGGUCGUGUCAAGUGCGGGAUCUGCGGGAUAUCACCGGCCAUACCCGCAACGUGAGUGAGGCCAUUGUGGCCAACAACGCCACGUCCUCCACCGUGGCCUUCAUCGCUCCGGGGCCACCCAACCCGCCCGUGACGCACGUCCUUUAUAUCGGCGUCACCUACACGGGCAAGUCCGUCUACCGCGACGAGGUGCCGGCCGUGGCCUCGCGCUCUCUCGAGGACGACAAGUUCUUCGACAUCGCGGUGACGGACGUGACGACGAGUACACGCAUGUUAGUGAACUCGCUGGCCAGAGAGCGCUACCCCAUCUCUUAUGUCUAUGGCUUCGGCUCAGAGAAGUUCAGCUACUUCCUGACGCGGCAGAUGGAGGACACACACGCGGGGUCGCCUUUCAUCAGCAAGCUGGUGCGGGUGUGCCAGAACGACUCGGCCUACUACUCCUACACAGAGAUCCCCAUCGAGUGUAAGGACUCGCAGGGGAAGCGCUACAACUUGGCGCAGGCUGCCUACGUGGGUAAGCCGGGCACCGACCUGGCCACCCAGUUAGGCAUCCAGACCAACGACGACGUACUCUUCGCCGUUUUCUCGCCCUCGGAACCUACCGAGGGGGAGGGAUCACCGCGACCAGCACAGGCCAGUGCACUGUGCGUCUACAGCAUGAAGUCGGUGCGACGCAUGUUCAUCAACAACAUACAGGAAUGUUUUAGAGGGAAAGGCGACAGAGGACUCGACUUCAUAUCACCGUCACACAAAUGCAUCGAGACGAGGAUCAAUGAUCUGAAUGAAGAUUUCUGUGGCAUGGACGUGAAUACCCCACUUGGAGGAGAGCAGCCUGUAGAAGGUUUGGCUAUCCUCACCUUCCCCACUCGGCUCACUGCUGUAGCUGCCACCUCCACGGAAGUCUACACUGUUGUCUUCCUCGGCACUGCUCUUGGGCACCUCAAGAAGGUUGUGAUUGAGAACCAGAAUAAUGCACUGGAGUAUGAUGACAUCGUUGUAGACCAAAAUUCCCCCGUCAGACAAGAUAUGCACUUCGAUAAGGCUGGUGAUCACCUUUACGUCAUGACCAGACAUAAGAUUUCUAAAGUGAAGGCUCAGGAAUGUAGCAUAUAUGAAGGAUGUAACCAGUGCUUGGGUGCAAGAGACCCCUACUGUGGUUGGUGUUCAUUAGAAAACAAGUGUUCAUUGCGGCGUGACUGUCGUGAUGCCACUCAGGACCCUCAACAUUGGGUCAGCUAUAAAACUGGCCGCUGCACCACCAUAAUUCAGGUUAUGCCAGGCAAGCUACAGAGGACCACAGCUCGCACACUGUUCCUGACGAUUGACAACUUGCCAUCAGUUGAGGGGUCUUUGCAGUGUGUGUUUAGUGCCAUGGGCAAAGAUUUGACAACAGAUGCCAAACGCACCUCCCAGGGAGUAUCUUGUACAACUCCAAGAAAUGAUAUGUUGCCAGAUAUACCUCAGAAUGAACAUCACUUUACGGCCAAGCUGUCAGUACGGAAGUCUGAGGGACCCGAGUUUGUAUCCACCAACUUCACCUUCUUUGACUGCAACACAUACAGCUCUUGUACAGAUUGUGUAUCUUCUCCGUUCCCGUGUGAUUGGUGUGUUGACGGGCACAGAUGUACACAUGACUCGGCAGAGAAUUGUAGAAAUGAUGUCUUGGUCAAUGGCGUUAAACGUGAUGGACCAAGCAUUAGGAGUGGACCGGCCUUUUGCCCGCGAAUCACAUUUGUUGAAAGUCAAGAAAUCUUGGUGUCCUCUGGUACAGAAAAGUCCAUCAAAGUCAAGGUGGACAAUAUUGCUCAAUUCAUCACACAAACAAGAUUUGUAUGCCAAUUCAACAUUGAAGGACGAGUAACAAGUGUCAAUGCCAAUCUGUUAAGUGACACAAUAUACUGUGACAGGAUGGAGUUUGCUUACACAACUGCCGCUCCAUCUACCAAUGCCACUUUUGCUGUCAUCUGGGGAGGAUCAAAACCCCUUGACAAUCCUGACAACAUACAUGUCUUAGUUUAUCAGUGUCACCUGAUGGCAAACAACUGCGGGAUGUGCCUGAGUCUACCAGAGCGGUACAGGUGUGGCUGGUGUCAGUCGACAGGCCGAUGCGAGGUGCAAGAUCAGUGUCUUGGAGGCUCCUGGCUGGACCGUGAUCGUACUUGUCCCAACAUCAACAUCACUGAUUUCUUCCCUAAGAGUGGACCCUGGGAUGGAGGCACCAAUGUUACUAUUCAGGGCAUCAAUUUGGGAAAGCACAUUGAUGAUAUCUAUGACGGAAUCACUGUGGCAGGAAUUACCUGUCAACCAUACCGCAAGUCAUACAUCAAGACCAAACAGGUCACCUGUAUGGUGGACAGUCCAGGCGUCAAUGACUUCAAGGAGGGACCCAUUGUUGUAAAGGUGGCUCGAGAAUACAGAGGGGAGUCAUUGGAGAAAUACAGCUUCGUUAACCCAGAGAUCACGGACCUAACACCAGAUUCUGGGCCAAGAUCUGGCGGUACUCUUCUGCACAUACUCGGUAAACACAUGAAUGCAGGCAGUCGUAUUGAGGCCUUCAUUAGUGGACGACCAUGCAAGAUUCAAAGCACAAAUGAAACCGUGGCAACGUGUAUCACCUCGGCAUCAUCUGAUCUCCAAGAAAAAGAAAUUGAAAUGGUUUUUGAUAAUGGUCGUAGAAGACUAGAAGGGAAAUAUUUCACCUACGUCAGUGACCCAACAAUUCACACAGUCAAGUCUGGGAGAGCUGGACAAGCAGGAAUGCGCAAUGGUCCCCGUGGCAUUCCAUCUGGGGGCAUCAUCAUCACAGUUGAUGGGACAAAUUUUGAUGUUAUUAGGGAGCCCAAAAUGUAUGUUGUGUACAGGGAGAAGGAAUAUGCAAGUUCUUGUGAAGUGAAAAAUUCUACAAGAAUGGAAUGCAAGUCACCAAAAAUAGCAGUCGCGGGCAAUGAGCGUAUAGACAAUGAAAACGGGCUGAAGCUGGGCUAUGGCUUUAUCAUGGAUCAUGUAAAAUCGGUUCGAAAUCUCAACCUAGGAACAUUUGCAUCUUUUCUUGUUUACCCCAAUCCAGUUUACUAUGCCUUUGAAGAUUCUAAGGUCAAGCAGUACAAGUCAGAUUAUCUUACUAUCAAUGGUAAGAAUCUGGACCGAGCAUCCCAGGAGAUUGAUGUACAAGUUCUCAUUGGUAUGGAGUCUUGUAACGUGACAUCUCUCUCAAGAUCACAACUAACCUGCCGGCCCCCUAAAGAGCAACCUGCACCUUUGGAUGGACAUGAUCUUCCUCAAGUUGUAGUAAUUGUUGGCAACAACCUCAGAACUGAAAUUGGUUUCUUGAAAUAUGCAAGUACCACAGAUGUUGGCACACUUUCUAAACAGCUGAUCAUCGGGCUGUCUGUGGGUGCAGUGGUCUUGAUUCUCAUCUUGGUAGUCUGCCUAAUAGUUUACCGCCAGAAGAGCAACCAGAACUCUCGUGUUCUCAAAAGCAUGCAAGAACAGAUGGAUGUUCUUGAACUCAGAGUUGCAGCUGAAUGCAAAGAAGCAUUUGCUGAGCUGCAGACAGAGAUGACAGACUUAACAAGUGAUCUGAUUGGUGGAGGAAUUCCGUUCUUGGAAUACCGCACAUAUGCCAUGAAGAUCCUUUUCCCCAAUCUGGAGGAGACCACUGUGUUACAGAUGGACCGGCCAGACCUUGUUCGCAAGGAAAAGGGCCUCAAGCUCUUUGGUCAACUUAUUAUGAACAAGACGUUCUUAUUACUAUUUAUUCGCACAUUGGAAGCCAAUAGAUAUUUCUCUAUGAGAGACAGAGUGAAUGUUGCUGCCCUUAUAAUGGUGGCACUACAAGGUAAAAUGGAAUAUUGUUCAGAUAUUCUCAAGACACUUUUGGCUGAACUUAUAGAAAAAUGCAUUGAAGGAAAGAUACACCCUAAACUUCUAUUCAGAAGAACGGAGAGUGUAGCGGAGAAGAUGCUAUCAUCGUGGUUCACGUUCUUGCUGUACAAGUUUUUGAAGGAGUGUGCCGGUGAGCCACUCUACAUGCUGUUCCGUGCCAUCAAGCAGCAAGUGGAUAAGGGCCCUGUGGAUGCUGUCACCUCAGAAGCCAGAUAUUCCCUAUCAGAAGAGAAACUUAUUCGCCAGAGUAUUGAUUUUAAAGAAAUGACUGUAUAUGUAUCCAUGUGUAAUUUGUACAUGGGUGCAGUUGAUGGGCCUAUGGAGAGUGGAGAAACCCCAGUCAAGGUCCUGGACUGUGACACAAUCUCUCAAGUGAAGGAAAAAUCCCUUGAUGCCAUAUACCGAUCAUACCCUUACUCACAGCGUCCACGAAGGGAAGAUCUGGAUCUUGAGUGGCGCACAGGUGCCUCAGGUCGACUCAUCCUUUAUGAUGAAGACACCACAACUCGGCCUGAGGGAGGCUGGAAGAAAUUAAAUACUCUUGCUCAUUACAAUGUUCCUGAUUUGGCCCAAUUAACUCUCAUACCUAAACAGUCAUCUAUAUAUAAUUAUAUGUCAAUUCUUUCUGAUAAAUCUGACAAAUCACAUCACAAGUAUGAAACAUUAAAUAUGAACAAAUACACCUCAGCCAGUCCGCCCCUCUCGCGAGCCACGUCACCCCUUAACCAUGAUAAUGAAGCAGGGGUUAAGGUAGGAGCAAAGGUGUGGCACUUAGUUCGUCAACAAGAGUCAGAGCAGCGCGAGGGAGAGCGCACUAACAAGAUGGUGUCAGAGAUCUACCUCACACGUCUGCUCUCCACAAAGCUCACACUACAGAAGUUUGUUGAUGACUUGUUUGAGACAAUAUUCAGCACUGCACAUCGUGGCUCUGCUCUGCCACUGGCUAUCAAAUAUAUGUUUGAUUUCCUUGAUGACCAGGCAUUACAACAUGGCAUCACAGACCCUGAGGUGGUGCAUACUUGGAAAAGCAAUAGUCUCCCACUUAGGUUCUGGGUUAAUCUUAUUAAGAAUCCUAACUUUGUGUUUGACAUUCACAAGUCCAAUAUUGUGGAUGCCUGUUUAUCAGUAGUCGCUCAGACCUUUAUGGAUUCCUGCUCCACCUCGGAUCACAGAUUAGGUAAAGAUUCUCCAAGUUCUAAAUUGCUGUAUGCCAAAGAUAUUCCCAUCUACAAAGAGUGGGUGGAACGAUAUUAUGCAGACAUCAAGAUCAUGCAACCCAUCUCCGACCAAGACAUGAAUGCCAUGCUAGCGGAGGAGUCACGGGUAAGUCCAAUGCACACCACAGAGUUCAACAGUCUAGCAGCCCUGGCAGAGCUAUAUAACUAUGCAUUCAAAUACAGUGAUCAGUUGAUGCUAACAUUAGAAGAAGACGAGUUCUCCACCAAGAACCGCUUGGCUUACCGCCUAGAGCAAGUGCACAACAUAAUGACAACCGAUCAGGAAUGACAGGACGCCCCCCCUGACCCACGGGCUGGACAAGAUCAACAGAGGGUUCCGACUUCAGGUCCUGUGGGUCCUGGUUCCUACUCUCCAGGUCCAUAUGGAGGUUCUCCCCCACAUCACGUGUAUCCUGGGGGACCAUACGGCGUGUCUCCGCCACAGUCUGCUGUUUAUGAUGGCCAGCUGGAAACUAUGUUCACUUACCGUGGACAAGGUGCAGCCAUGGGAGAUGGGGGCCAAGGGGGUGUAGAUGGCAGUGUGUAUGGUCUUUAUGGUGUUCCCCAGCAUGCCAGACUCUCACCCGGGGCAUAUGGGAGUGCACCGUUUCCCAACAGAGGGACACCACAGGUGUAUGAAUUUGAAUAUGAAGAGCCUCGAUUCACUUGAGGUAUGGUGGUGAGGAGUGCUGUGUUUCUGCUCAAAAUAAGUUGCUCUAUGUGCAACUGGACAGAAAAACAAAGUGCCUCACACCCAAGGCUACAAUGGUGCCCCGGAGUGAGCAUGAAAAAUAGGCAACAAAGCAACGAACAAACUUGCGCAGCAGCAAGCAAGAAACAGAAGCAGCAAGACUUUACAUUAAGCACUACAGUAAUUUUGUACUAAAUUCCCAGGCUUCUAAUAAACCAAAAUGUGACUGGUGAAGGUGCAUUCUGCAGUCAUUGUUUUUUAACGAGAUUAUCUUGGUGCUGUUUCUUAUGUGUGCAAUGUAGACUUCAAGCUGAGUGCUACUACCUGGAAAAAACUAUAUGGUUAGCACUGAAGUGGUGCUCAUUCACAGUGUGUCAGAAAACAGCAUCUUGUGUUUAGUGUCACUUUUUUAAUUGCCAGUCCUGCCCUGAACACUCGUUUGACCUUUGCUCUUCCGUCUUCCAUCAAGACUGCACGUGACUCCAGCACAAGACUUCGCUGUUUACAAGACUCCGCUCAAAAAGCCGCCGUAAAGAGAGUCCAGUGUUGGAGAUUUAGUGAUACUGUAAUUCCAAAUUCAUCUUCAUUGUUAUUUGGAUAUGUAAAAUGUUGAUGUGAAGUAAUGUCAUUAGUGACAUUCUGUUGCCCAAGGAAACUCAAUUUAUAUCAGAAAUAUUCAGGAUAUUUUUAUUUAUUUUUUUUUCAGGCAGACAUCCAUAAGGAGGUAUAAAUUAUUUUACAUCAUGGAACUCCCUGAAUGCUGUACAGACGAUCAUCCAUAUAUAUUGCCUGCAUUUAAAAAGUAUAGCAAUCAUUACUCUUAAUAAGCUUCUGUUUGUCCAGGUUUAUAAACUGAGUGCAUUAACAUGUCGCUGCUCUGUUACCGUACGUACCAUUAUUUCAUAUGUGCAAAAACUUUAAGAUGUUUCCAGUUUUCAUGUGAUAUUUCUAUGUGUACGAAACUGCGUGUGUGAUUGUGUGCGCAUUCUGUUACUGCCAUGUGCAUGCGUGAGUGUGUGCGCAGAGAAGAAAGCCACGUGUGUGUUGUCUCGGUGUUCUGCGGACCUCUCAGCUUUUUGAGCAUAUUUUGCUUGCAUGGUGGAGAUGAGUUUUUGUUUUUUGUUUUGUUUUUUUUACUGUAUCCUAUAUACCCCUCAUUAAUGGUUCACAGGAAUGACCUUAGCUCAUAACAUCUGGUAAAGAGAAUGUGACCUUUAACAGACUCGUUGAUACAAGCAUUAGUUUGCCUUGGUGUAGGUAGAGGGCUGAGUGUGCCAAUGAUCCUGGUGACCAGGAGGACAAUGCUCCACCAUGCUGGCAGAGCUCAACGUGAGGGAGGGAGCCUCUAUGUGCUCAUGAGUGUAGCGGUGUUCACAAAAUUUUGUUUAUCCUGGGGUGUCCUCAAGUGAUCUUCACACCCAUCAGUAUAUUCAUAAAUCACUCCAUCACUGACCUUCAUUUACAUUUUUUCUUUUUAGAGUUUUGAGUGGGAUACUUCCUGUUAAAUCAUGUUUUAAUCAUGUUGCUAGUGCUGUAGCAACUAUCUAUAUCAAUCAUUUUGUUAUGUAGUUGGAGAUGGCGCAGGGUUUUAGUAAUAAUGCUCCUUAUUUAUAACAAGGAUGUACUUUUUUAAAAGAGCUAUGGACUAAUGAUCCUCCAUGUAUUUCCAUGUUUUGAGCUUUUAGAUAUUAUGAAAUGAAUUGAGUGCAGACAAGAAUUUUUGCAAUAACUUGAAUAUGUCUGUUUUUUGAAAGUGUAAUUUUUCAGAAUGUAUCAAAUCUAUUAUCAUAAACUGAGCUUGUUUCGGCACCUAUGGCGAUAGAGACUCAGUGAGGGGUUCUGUUUAACAGUAUGUAUUAAAAAGAAAAUUUUAUUAAAAUUAAAUAUGAAUUGACCUCUCACUGAGGUGCUCGCAUCUGAUAAAUAUCAUGUGUAAAGUAUAGAAGGUGUAAAGACUCUGGCUGAGACUGGCUACACUCUCAAGUGGUCUCAGAGCUAUGUACGGUUGAGUUUGUCUCUUGCACUCUAACUCUCACACCCAUCUGUGUACAUUCAUUUGUGAAUAGUUCCUUUGUAUUAUAUUAGUACUCAUAAGACCAUUUGAUACAAUCAUUACUGGUAUUAAUUAUUAAUGAUGUUGAUACAAAUUCUAUCAUUGUCUACUUAGCUCGCGUCCCAGGACCAACACAAUCCUUUUGUUGCCGAGUAAACUGUAGCCUCGGUGAGAUGAGGCCAUAUGUAUAUAAUUGUGGAGGAAGGUCGGCGGCCUUCCACAUCCUUCUGCAUUCCAGGGUCUCGUAGUCAUGUUUUGGACUCUGCAAUUUUACACUCCCGUUUUUGUGACCAAUGUAAUUAUACUGAUUUUACCAUUUGACAGUUCGUUCAGAUUUGUAACCUUGACGAGUUAGAACAUGAGCACAGGGCAAUGAUCUCUGGCUGUGCUCAAUGACCUCUGGUUCUGUCAUAGCCGGGCCCUGGUCUAGUCUCACAGCCGCCGACCCUGCCUACCUGUGUACCAUGAUUUCCCGCGCGUUCUGUGUAUGUCAAAUCCGUGUUUCAUAUGAAUGGAUCAAUAAAUUUUUUCACUGUA